GCAAGCUCCGUGCAGCAGCAGCAGCGCGAGCGCGGCGGAUACAGAGCGACAGCUUCCUGUCUGUGUCGCUGGUGUACAUGAGAUCACAGUGAGAUCUGUGCAGACUGCUGUCUGCCCCUUUUCCUCACAGCAGCCCAGUCUGUCACGACCGCCACCAUGGCGUUUGUGCCGGCACCCAGCCCCACCGUGGUCGACCAGACCACACUCAUGAAGAAGUACCUGCAGUUUGUGGCUGCGCUCACAGACACCAACACACCUGAUGAAACUAAGCUGAAGAUGAUGCAGGAGGUCAGCGAAAACUUUGAGAAUGUGACAUCUUCACCUCAGUACUCCACCUUCUUGGAACACAUCAUCCCCCGCUUCCUCACAUUUCUUCAGGAUGGAGAGGUGCAGUUCCUUCAAGAGAAACCAACACAGCAACUGAGAAAGUUGGUGCUGGAAAUCAUCCACCGCAUCCCAACAAAUGAGCACCUUCGUCCACACACCAAGAACAUCCUGUCUGUGAUGUUUCGCUUCCUGGAGAUUGAAAGUGAGGAAAAUGUGCUGAUAUGCCUUCGCAUCAUUAUUGAGCUGCACAAACAGUUCCGACCCCCAAUCUCUCAGGAGAUUCAUCACUUUCUGGACUUUGUGAAGCAGAUUUAUAAAGACCUUCCCAAAGUUGUUGCCAGGUACUUUGAGAACCCACAGGUGAUAGCAGAGAACACAGUUCCCUCCCCAGAAAUGGUGGGGAUGAUCACCUCUGUGUUGGUUAAGACUGCACCUGAGAGGGAAGACAGCGAAACACGAACACACACCAUCAUCCCACGGGGGUCUUUGUCUCUCAAGGUGCUGGCAGAGCUGCCCAUCAUAGUGGUGCUGAUGUAUCAGCUGUAUAAGCUGAACAUUCACAAUGUUGUGUCAGAGUUUGUACCCCUCAUCAUGAACACCAUCAUGCUCCAGGUGUCUCCACAGGCCAGGCAACACAAGCUUUAUAACAAGGAGCUUUAUGCAGACUUCAUUGCUGCGCAGAUCAAGACUCUAUCAUUUCUAGCCUACAUCAUUCGAAUCUACCAGGACCUGGUAGGGAAGUACUCUCAGCAGAUGGUAAAAGGCAUGCUGCAGCUGCUGUCCAACUGCCCCUCUGAGACUGCUCACCUCCGCAAGGAACUGCUCAUUGCAGCCAAGCACAUCCUCACAACUGACCUACGCAGCCAAUUCAUCCCUUGUAUGGACAAACUUUUUGAUGAAUCCAUCCUGAUUGGUUCCGGCUACACUGCUCGGGAAACUCUUAGACCCUUGGCCUACAGCACAUUAGCAGACCUGGUGCACCACGUUCGUCAGAACCUGCCCCUGACAGAUUUAUCCCUUGCUGUGCAGCUCUUUGCCAAAAACAUUGAUGAUGAGUCACUUCCCAGUAACAUCCAGACCAUGUCCUGUAAACUGCUGCUCAACUUGGUGGACUGCAUUCGUUCAAAGUCGGAGCAGGAGAACGGGCGUUGA